AACAGGAAGUUCCUUUAAUACAGGCGAUGAACAAACGAUGAGAGGCCGUGGACGCAGGACGUGAAUGUCCAAUGGAUAGUGACAUGGAGGACAGUGGAUUCGACAGUGAUCAGAGAUCACAUAAUAUUACUAACAACUCACGGUUUACCUCCACACAUGCUGAUGAGCUGCCGAUACAAAAUGAUUCAAGUAAAAAAUCUGCAUCAUAUAAGGCUCUAAAGAAAACUUCAGAUUUACAAAAGAAAAUUGAAAGGCAAAGAGACCUUGCACGAAAAUCAAAGACAGUAAUUGACCAACAGCCCAAAAAGGGCAACAUUCUUUCAAGAAGCAGACUGCAAGUUCCUGCAAGUACCAAUAGGGUGAAAGACAAAGAUGUUUUACCUUUCUCACCAGACCAGCAGCCAUUAGUCACCAUUAUGUCAGAUGAAAGUGAAGAAGAUGAAUUUGAUCUGCCACGUUUGCCACGAGCAGCUCAGAAGGAAAUUACUGAACAGCUGAUAAAAGAUGGCUAUGAUCUUGACCUUGAACCUGAUGAUGAAGAUCUUGAUCUUAUACCACCACGACCCCUUAAUCAACGGUGCAGUUGUUGUCAGAUGCAUAACAGUUGCCUCGUGCAAUAGCAAGCUCAGUUUGUUUUGGGUAAAUAAUUGUACAAAAUACUUCCAGGUAAAUGAAUUUGAAAUGGGUUUUAUAACUGUAUAGUUUCAAUGCAUCAAAACAUUUUGUGUGACAUGACUUCUCCAUGGAUUUCUCCCCUCUACCCAUUUUAGUAGAUUUUAGGUUGCCAUGACCCACAGUUUAAUAACAUUACUUGCAGUGUCAAGUCUAUCUUGCCUUCCUUGAUUGUUAUUCUCAUAUCUCAUUUUAUCCGUUUUGUUUCAAUCCAGUAUAGUUAACGGUUAAAUAUAAACUGCCUUUGCCAGUUGACAGGAAAUGCAAAAUGUACUGACGUUAAUUUACUAAACAGAUUUUUAAACUCAUUUAAGUGCUUCUAGUAUUUACUUGCGAAAUUUAAAAAAAUGUUGCAAUAUAUACAUAAGAAUAUGUUAGUACCAUAAAAGAAUGCAUAAAACUUUUAAAAACUUAGUCUUUUUGGGUUUGAUCUUUGUAGGGAAAAAAACUGGAAUAUCCAUUUUUCCUCAUCUUUUUAUUAGUUGUGUUUCUGUGUGAGUGAGAGAGAGAAAGAGCUUUCUUGCGUUAUUUACAGUAAGUAAAGGUGUUAUCAAAGUUUGUUUUUAUCACAUUAAAAAAAGUCUUUCCUGAUGCCUUUGUGAAGUUUUUUUUUUUUUUUUAAUAAACUAAAGAAUAUUUUUUUUCUGCCAAAGUUAUUGUGAACAUUUCAUAUGCUUUAUCAACUGCUAUUUUUGUGCUGAUGGUAUUGCACUGGCUUUGGACUGGAUGAUUAUAAUUUUGCUGCAUUUAGUAAAGAUGACACAUCUCUUCUGCAGUCAUGACUGCAUCAUAAAGCAAGGGGGCAAUACUGUUGCUUAGUAUUUUAAUCUGCAGAAAACAAGUACUUUUUACCUUACUGUGGUUAAUCUGACUGUCACAGUAUAUCAUAUCUUGUGUUUUGACUGUCAUCUGUGCUUAUCUCCAAGACAUUGUUUCAUAUCAUAUUGUGUGUUAAAAGCUUCUCGCUAUUUAUUUUCUGAUCUGUGGAAAUAUUCAAUUCUUGUGUUUUAUUUUGUCUUUGUACCAUGAAAACUUACGUCACUUCUCUUAGUUCUCAUGUGCAGAAUAGAUUAUUGGUGCAGGAAACCUAUGCCUGAUUAGCCUGUUUGACAGGCUAGUCUCUAGCAACCUUAGAGGUGAAGUGAUGUUUUUGGUUUCUCAGAGCUAGAUCUUAUGCAGGGACAUGAUCUCUGGCCAUAGGUGUUUAUUACUUGUUCAGCAUCUUUUUUCAGUGUGUGCUCCAUAUUUUCCAGCAGUCCAGCGACAUUGUUGUAUAUUUUAUUUUAGCAGCUGAUGUGGGACAUUCCUCGUUACCUUUUUUCACUCACUUUUUUACAAUCAAACAAGUACCCACUCCAAGUGCUUACAAAAUGUUUGUAGUAAUAGUACCACUAUAAUUUGCUAUUACUUUGUUGGUAUACUUUGCUAAAUGUAGGAUAGAGAACCUCUAUCAGUUGUUUUCCCAGUUAUUUCCCCUAUUAUUCCUAAGGAUGUGCAUGCCUCUGUGUGUGUGUGUGCGCACAAAGAUCAUAAAUAUUUAUCACAAAAUGUUCAAAUUUAAAGUGCAAUAAAUAAAUCAAGGUCAAGAUUAGUUUUAGACUUUUCAUUUUUUCUGUGGCUUUGGUGCUCAAAUUGAAUCCAAAUUGAUUUGUUCUUACUGUCUGAAAUAUGGUACACUAAAGUUUUAUCAGAAAAAUUGCUUCUGACACCGUCAAGAUAAUAUUAAAAAGCUUUGGAAUUUGUGUUACAUGCUAAAUUUGAAUUAAUAUGUGAAUGAAUUUUUUUUAACUUGGCUAUAGAGAAAUUUAACAAGUAUGGAUGUACAUCCAUGUAAGUGAUUUUGAUGUAUUGCUUUAUUUUAAGCUAUUUCCAUGGAUUAACAAAAUGUUUGACAUAACAAAACAUGCAGAGCUUUAUACUUGUUGUCUAUGUUAACUAGCAUUGCUGCUAAGUGUUUGGGGAAAGGAUUUUUCUUUUAAUUGAAUUAACAGAACUGACGUUGAACAGAAAAUGAAAUAAGAAUUAGAAAUUCAGGGUAGAUUGUUAUGAUGACACUCUCUUGUUUUAUAAAUAAUUAUGAAUACAUGACAUUAGAAUGUAGGAUUCAACAGUCCACACAGACAAUGCAUGUCAAGAAAAGUAACAACAGACUCUUAGUUAUUCAGCUUUAAAAAAAGUCAUGUUAGUUUUUACAAAAUUGUAUUUUUCUUCACCCAACAAAUGCAUGACUGAUUUUUGGUGUUGAUAGACAUGUGCAAUCUUGUACGAGCUUCCCAUAUUGAUCAGCUUUGGUUUUGUGCAUAAUUUAACCAUCAUUUUCAAUGUGAUCAUCCCAUUCCCUAACCAGAAUACAGAUAUUGUAGAGUUGCCUUGCAUGUUUUAUCAUUGUGACAUUGAAAGCAUUGACUAUGAGAAGAGGAUAUUUUCAUACACAGAAAGUGGGCAUCACAGUGGAUAUACAGCAGGUGUGUAUGUUUCCUUUGAAUGGAUGGUUGACAGUAUUGUUCCUACAUUAUUUAUUAUACUCAUUAUGAUCGCUCAUACCCUCAGUCAUCAGCCACUUCUCUCUUACCUCCCUUCUUGAGUAAUUUCUUCUGCAUUCCGUAUAAUGCUUCAAAAUAGGAGGGUGACUAGGUGAAAUUUUGUCCUUUUUUUCAGUUUUUUUAAUGUUUCUUUACUUGCAGCAAAGGUUGACAUUCUUAACACCUACUUUUGACUUUCCUGAGAGCACUUGUAUUGAAGAGAAUUUGGUGAUAUAAACAGCAAGGAAAUAAUGUCAUACAAGUGCAAAAAAUGUCUUGUUGCCUUUAUUACAGUUUGUCUUAUUGGUUUUCUUUUAUGUAAAUUAAGAGAUGUACAUACUCAGCAUCUAAAUGAGUAAACAUUAUUCACUCUUAAAUGUAGUGAUUAAAAAGGCCUUCAAAAAAUCAGGUUGUCUUACCCAUGAGCAUAUAUUUCUGUAAAUGCUUGUGAAAAAAGAUGUUUUCCCAUCCCAUGUUCCCCUCUGUAGUAUAUAAUUUCAAGUACAGUACCUGUGCACAAAACCAAUUGAAAGUCCUCAUCCUAUUUUUUUUUUUUUCAAAAUGCAGUUCAGAUUGUGUAUGUUGAAGUCAUAAUUUUUGGAUUUAGCUUUGUCAAAACAAGUUGGGUGAUAAAUGUUUUCAGUUGGAAACAAACUCAAGUGAUGGUGGGACAUCAGAAUAUAAUUUUGCCUGAAAUGUGUUAUUAGAAAGUCAGCGCAUUUUACUCAUAAAUGAUAGUUGUUGGAAACCGUGAAAAGAAAACCACAUGGUCAACAUGAGUACAGCAUCAUAUUUAUUCAUUUAAAUGACUUUGGAUGUGGGGCAGUUAUAAAUUGUGUGUACUUUGAGGGAUUCUGCAUCAUUUGUGUGGCUUGAAUCUGUGUUAACUCUAAAACGCCACAGCACAAAUUCCCUAUACAAUGAAAUUUUUGUUAUCUGGAAGCAGUCUUGGAGACAAGCAUAUAGAAGUGGACAUGAUUUUGAGGGGAUUGGGCAUACAUUCAUUCAUCUGUGUGCACACACAAGGCGUUUAAACAUUUCAUGCACCAGGAGUGCAUCCUGCCAAUUGCACAUGAUGCAUGGUAUUAGCCGGUUCAUUGCAGUAUUUCUGUGCAACAAGAUCCUUUCAGGUUUUUCUGAAACAUUGCACCAAGUGGCAAUCAGCCAAUCACUUUUUAAUCCUGUCUAGUAAAUUUAGACCUCAAUAACCUCAUAAAACAACAAGAUUUUUUGUGAGUGAAGAAAUAAUUUAUAUACUUUUUUUCCCAAUCUUUGCAGUUUGGUUAGUUAUUAUACAGCCAGUGUGACGUUUCUAUAGAAUGUAGUUUUAAACUUGUUGAAAGUAGUUGCUGAAGCAGUUGAAAUGACACCAUGACAUGUGAUAAUUUACAGUGUGUGCCUACAGGUAGCCCAAUCAGCGGACAACAGUUAAAGCUAGCCUUUAACAGCAUUAAUUUCAGCACUGCCUACAUCGACUUUGUGCUACAGUGAAUCACCUGUUAAACUUUCCACUUGCAUCAUAUUUUGUGCGAUAACUUCAUAGUUUUUUUGCUCAUCAGCUAUAUCGUUUGAUGUUAACAUGUUGAACGCCAAAAAAAAAAAAAAAAUUGCUGGUACUGCAAAGAAAAAUAAAAGAUGAAUAAAUUUGACAACAUAUGCACAAA